GUGACACCGGCGGUGCUCUCUUUCUCGCUGCUCCGUAGCAGAAUCGGAAAAUAAACUGCGUGGACUACCGCUGCAAGGAAGGUGGCGGCACGCUUCGUGAAGGACUAGCUAACUGUACAUGCAUCACUAUCGAAGAAAGACUCCAGAAAACCCAAGGUCUUGAAUGUGUGCAGCAUGACCAAGACGCCCCCCAACAGAAGAGGGAUAUCCUUUGAGGUGGGAGCACAGCUUGAGGCUCGAGACAGUCUGAAGAACUGGUAUGCAGCCAACAUUGAGAAGAUUGACUAUGAAGAGGAGAGAGUGCUGAUCCACUACCGCCAGUGGAGCCACCGCUACGAUGAGUGGUUUGACUGGAGCAGUCCGUACCUGCGUCCGGUAGAGAGGGUACAGCUGAGGAGGGAGGGGCUUCAGGAGAACACCCCUGUCCCGGUAAAAACAAGCAAGUAUGAUGGACAGUUCUCCCACUCCCUGAGCUGUCAGCUAAGCAAGGGGUUUCAUGUCAACGAAAAGGUCCUGGCUAGUUGGUCUGAUUGCCGUUUCUAUCCUGCUAAAGUCUUGGCAGUCAACAAAGAUGCCUCGUACACUGUUAAGUUUUUUGAUGGCGUCAUCCAGACUGUCAAGGGAAUUCAUGUGAAACCCUUUUACAAGGAGAGAGGUGGAGGUAGAAACAAGCCCCAAGACAGAAACAGGGAAAAGCAUCCAGUUACAAGAGAGCAUAAUGGCAAAGACAGGAAGCCUCUGGAGAAUGGGCGUGGCAUACAGGAGAAUGGCAGCAGCAAGAGCCAGAGGGACAAGCGUGGAACAUCUUGCCAGGACACAGAGAGCGACACUGAGGAAGAGGAGGAUAACAAACCGAAGGAAGGAAAGGGCAACAAGCCAAAAGUGACUAAGAAUGCCUCCACAGAGGAAGUGCAAGUUGAGCACCGAAAGAGAAUGACUGAGGAGGAGGAGAAGAUUGAGAAAACUAGGAAUCAGGAGUCUGAAAGAGAGGACACUAAGCCAGACACAGAUUUGAUCAUGGAGGACAGCAAGGUGAAAGUGGAGGCGGGAGGUGAAUCGGGUAGAAGGCGGACAAGGGAACGAUCCGGGACAUCGGAGACGGGCUCCAAGGUGGAGAUGGAGGAGAUAAACGGAGUGAAGGAGAAGGAGGAGAGCGAGCCAGCAGGAGGAGAGGACCAGUUGGGAGGACAGCAGCAGAGCUCCAGCAGCCUGUUGGAUGGAGACAUGAAAGAGGAGGGAGGCUCUGAGCCCGCUACCAGGCCCUGUACAGAGGACGAAGGGGAGCCCCCAAAGGACGGCCCCUCCCACACCAGGAGGACACGGGGCAGACUCACAGAGGGAGGGCGGGGGGAAAAGCUACGUGAUGUCAUCGAACUGAGAAAGAGAAAAAUCUGCCUGGGACAGAACACGCCCUCUAAGAAGAGCAAGCCAGACACUAGCACAGACAGAAACAGUUCUACAGAAUCCAGGCCUACAACGAAUCCGUCCAAUCAGAAACAGUCUGAACCAGACUCCACCCCCACACCCUCAGCUGUGGCCACCAAUGAUAAAGAAGCUCAAGGGGUGACUGUUUUGACAGAUAACCCUAAACCGGCAGUGGAUGAAUCUCAGCUAUCGCCUGCAUUACAAGCUGUACUGAGACGCCAGGUCCAUCUGCCAACCACCAACAAAUACAGCAGGGAGCCGUUGUACAGAGUCAUUAAAAACCAACCUCCGCCAAUUCUGUCCAUCGAACUUGACCACAACCCCUUCAAGUGCAAAGCCCCCGGCUGCCUCAAGUCCUUCCGCAAGGCCAAGCUCCUGCACUACCACAUGAAGUACUACCACGAGGCGGAUAAGACCAGCGAGAACGACCUGAGCCCCACCAGGAGCAUCCAGACAAGGGCAUCGGAGAAGCAGGCUGCCCAGGAGAGCCCCAAGAGGAGGCGCACCAUCUCAGCCUCGAUGCACUCCUCGCUGCACGGCACCCACAGAGCCCUCCACUCCCCCCGCGGCGACGGCAAGGCCACGCGGCUCAACGAGAAGAGGCGCACGUCAGCGCCCCCUGCGGUCUGCGCUGCGGAUCAGCAGCGGCCCCUGCUGCGCGAGAAGAGCAAGGAGAACCAGCUGGAGAAGAGCCGAAAGCCGCUGGAGAAGGAGAGGGAGCGGAGCGGGGCCGAGACAGCUGUAACAAAAGAGAGAGAAAAGCUGAAAGAAAAGAAGCACAGGGACUUUCUCCGCAUCAAACUGAAGAAAAAGAAGAAGAAGAAAAAGAAGUCCAAGUCAGAGUAUACGGGUAGUGAAGAGAAUAUUGACAUCUCAAUGUUCAAUGUUCAAUCCAAAUUGAAUUUGUUACACAAAUUCCCCCUUUCACACAAACACAAGUUGUCAUACAACUCCAGCCCGGGAUACAACACAGAACAGAUACAAGUGGACGAUGAGGACAGCGCGAGCGACUGGUCCACAGACAGUCCGGUGUGGAGUGAGGACGAGCUGGGGGUGGAGCUGGACGUCACCACGCCCCCCCAGGAGCAGGGCGUGUCCAUGUCGGCGCAAGGCUUUGAGAUCGUGCGCUGUGUCUGUGAGGUACAGGAGGAGAAUGACUUCAUGAUUCAGUGUGAGGAGUGUCUAUGCUGGCAACAUGGCACCUGUAUGGGGCUCUUGGAGGAAAAUGUUCCAGAAAGGUACACCUGCUACAUAUGCAGAGACCCGCCAGGUCAGAGGCAGAGCCUACGGUACUGGUACGACAGGGACUGGCUGAGCAGCGGGCACAUGUACGGCCUGCCAUUCCUGGAGGAGAACUACUCCCACCAGAACGCCAAGAAGAUCGCCGCCACCCACCAGCUGCUGGGAGACGUGCACCGCGUGAUCGAGGUCCUCAACGGCCUGCAGCUGAAGAUGAGCAUCCUGCAGACCCAGGCGCACCCAGACCUGAAGCUGUGGUGCCAGCCGUGGAAGCAGGCCGAGAAGCCGAGGAAGAGGGGCGGGGCCGACACGGGUGCGAUGCCGUCCCCGGCAACGGACGAGGGGGGGGAGGAGCGAGAGAGGAGCCGAGCGGCGGAGGCCGCGGCGGAGAAGCAGCCGUGCCGCGCCCCCUCCUUCCAGGACUCGUACAUCAGCAGCGAGCACUGCUACCAGAAGCCGCGCACGUACUACCCCGCGGUGGAGCAGCGGCUGGUGGUGGAGACGCGCGGCUCCGAGCUGGAGGACAGCCUGCGCAGCACCGAGGACCUGCUGGAGCUGGAGCAGCGCUACGGGGGCCCGUUGGACCCCGACCGCGGCAAGAUACACCUGCAGCUGGACCGGCCCCUCCACACCAAGGAGGCGGACUGCUGUAAGAAGCUGAGCGUGGAGCACAGCUACGAGGUAAAGAGCGAGGACGGCGAUGCCGGGGGCAAGAGCAGCACGGACAGCAGCCUGCAGCAGCAGUGGCAGAUCAACCUGCUGGACCACAUAGAGGCCGUGCAGGACGAGGUCACGCACAGGAUGGACUUCAUUGAGCGGGAGCUGGACGUGCUGGAGAGCUGGCUGGACUAUACCGGAGAGCUGGAGCCCCCGGAGCCCCUGGCCCGUCUGCCCCAGCUCAAGCACCGCAUCAAGCAGCUGCUGACGGAGCUGGGCAAGGUGCAGCAGAUCGCACUGUGCUGCUCCACAUGAGGGCGCCACCGAGCCCUGCAGCUCCUCAUCCGCGCUGCAGGGAAGCCAGACGACAACACCCCAGACACUCGAGAAUAAAAUCCGACCAGACAGUAUAACUCGCACAGUGGCAGACAAACCCUAUUCAGGGCUACGGGAAGGAGGCGCACAUGGACUUAACUGAGAUGGCCCGGAUGAUUCAUGGGAAAUGUAGGCUGGCUGGGGGUUCGCAAGAGAAAAUGUUGACUGCAAGACAUGGCUCUUCUUUCAGAACUGCAGACGUCCUGCAGUCAGCUACCAGCUGAAGGAUGUACUGUCAACCAAAAUAAGAAAUACAGUUGUUUCAGCACUUACUUUUCUGAUAUUAUAAACCCUCUUUUUAAUAAUGUAAAUUUAGUUAUUUUUGUUACUGUCAUAAUCAGUGAAAUGGGUUAAAGCAUGUGUUUUCUGUCUGAAUAACCAGUCUUACUGUAAAAGAAAACAAAAAAGAAAAUAUUCUUAAACGCUUGCUUGUCUCAGCAGUGGCUGUAAAAACAAAAAAGGUUAAAAUGAAAAUGGUCUUGUUGCCAUGACAAUAUGUGAUCUGUGUGUCACAGUGUAGAAAAAGAAAGGAUUGUAACUAAGAAAUUUUAUGUAAGAACUGCAAUUGCUGAGAUUUUCUUAAGGGUUUGUAUUCAAUAAAUGCUUUGAAAUGCUUAAUAAUGGUUUUAACCAAAGGCUUGAGAUGACUAGUAGAAAGGUAAUUUCAUUUGAACAUGCAAAUUCUCUGAAUUUAUGAAGGGAGUCAGAUGUUCCGAAAAAUUAUUUUAAACCUAUACUGUAUUCAUACUGAACCUUCUUACAUAUUAUAUAAAGCCAUGUUUCCUCCCUCCAUUUUUCCUAUGACAAUUGCCUUUUCCCAUUUUCACUUCAAUUGCUUUCUUCUGUUUCAGUAUAACAGACUUAUGAUGGAAAGUAUGUGUGCGAAACUGAGAGACUGGUUUGUACCUUGGUAUGUUGAAAAUGCAUCAGCCAUAAGUAAUGAAAUUGUACAGUUUGUAGAUUUCAUUUUGUCAGAUUUAUUUUUACUGUAAAUGUUUUUUAAUUCAUAUUUUGUGUAAUUUGUUUGUUUUUUUUUGUUUUUUUUCCUUAUCCCUUUGUCGUCUUAAUGCUUGUUAUCCAGCCGCAUUGUUUUGUUUUGUUCCCUGGGUGAUUUCUGUACUCCUCUUAUUUAUUAUGAAUGAAAAGGUAAUUUAUUUGACUUUUUCGUCCUACCUACAGUUAUACCAUAUUGUGUGAUUGUGUAUUUUCCUGUAGAGAGACGUUGAGAUUGGUUGCAGAGGGCCAGACGGCGGUUUGGCAUGCAGUCCAAGAAGGCCUUGCUCCCUCAGUAGAUUCAUUCCUGUACUUUAGCUACCUUCAACCCCAGCCCAAUCUGUCAUUUCAUAGUCAUGUUGCCUGUUUCUUCAGCGGUCUCAGCCUCACAAUUAAGUUUUUUUAUUUUCUAUUCUUCCUUUGUAUUUAAAUUGUGUUGGUCUGUCCUGUCAUAUUUCAGCAUUGAAUUGGCUCAGCACUCUAUUCAAGGGAAAAGAGAGAAUCCUUUUUGGUUUUUCUUAGCUCUUCUCUAUAGGUUAGUUAACUACUGACUUUGUGGAAUUUUUAAUAAACCUUGAAAUCUCUGGA